CCUCAAGCUACUGUUACUUCAGUCUAACGAUGCGCUCUCUUCUCUCUCUUCUCUUGGUCGCCGUCAGCGUCAAUGCAUGGUUUAGGCUCCCAUGCACGCUGCCGCUCGUUCAAGAACGUCUGGACCCUAUCCUCCAACCCGGUUCGAACCCCUCCCAACAUGUCCAUACUGUACACGGAGGAUCUAACUUCGGGCCUGCCAGUACCUACCAAACUAUGCGCCAGUCUCAAUGCACUUCAUGUCAAGUGGGACAGGAUCUCUCCAAUUACUGGUUCCCCAAGCUCUAUUUCAGGGACCCUCAAACGGGACUGUUUGAAUCUGUUCCUAACGGCGGCCUUUUAAUCUACUACCAGAACCGUGGUAGCAUGGACGUUGCUAACGGCGGUCCUGGGCUCAAAGCCUUCCCGGAAGGAUUUAGGAUGAUCACCGGAGACCCGAGGAAGCGUAGUUUCCAAUACCCCACUGGCUUGGGCACUCAAGCCGAACUCGCCGAACGUGCUAUCGCUUGGGUCUGCUUGCGCUACACGACGAGUAACCCCGACUAUGGAGGAACCGGCGGAUUCCCCUACACCGAUUGCGAGGCCGGAUUCCAAUCUAGGUUGCAUUUCCCUGCAUGCUGGGAUGGCGUUAAUGUGGACAGCUCUGACCAUAAAUCCCACGUUGCGUUCUUAUCCCAGUUGGACAAUGGCGACUGUCCCUCCACGCACCCCGUUGGUCUCAUGAAGCUCUUCUACGAGAUCACCUGGGAUAUUCAUGACUUCGCUGGAAGGUGGAGCGAGAGUGAUGGAUGGCCAUUUGUUUAUGCUCUCACUGACCCGACAGGAUACGGAUGGCACGGUGAUUUCCAGAACGGAUGGGAUGUCGACGCUCUCCAACGUGCGAUCGACCAGUGUAACGACCCUGAUAACGAUACUAUUAACGGCGUCUUCAAUGCUUGCUCGGUGUUCAAUAUCAUCAGCGCUGACACGGCUAACCAAUGCAAGAUCAAUGCCGUAGUCAAUGAGGAUACUGAGGGCACGCUUGCCAAGCUUCCUGGAUGCAACCCACUCCAGAAAGGUCCUGGGGAUGCUACCAUCUAUUCGGAUGCUCAAUGCCCAUACUGAUGCGGGCGUGGUAGCUAAUGAUAUUGUUUUUAUGUACGACUUUAUGUAUAUUGUGACUGUAUAUCUCAAUGAACGUUCUGUUUUCGGCUUCUAUUACUCACAUUUCCUUUGUAUGAGUCUUACGAGCCAAUUAUCAUCAAAAGUGGUAUUCCGGCAAAUGCAGUGAAGCGGAUAAGCAGGCCGGCCCGUUCGAG